UUCUUUCUGAACAGUUAUUAUUAUUAAAAUGAAUUAUUCGUGUCCAAAAUCUUCAUUAUUCAUAAUUGAGCAAUUAAGGCACAGUCUACAGUCGGAUCAUGUAGUCAUUGCUUCUGUCCAAAAUGCGUGUAAAAAGGCACAAGGGAGGAUUUUUCCUGCUUCUCUCUAUAGAGAUUGAUUAAAUUUGCUCUUUUUCGCAUAUAACCAUCAAGCAAAUCAGCUUACUACGGAACCCCUUAAUUAAUAGAUAGAUGGCACUAAAGAGGUUAAAGAUCUAAAUCUCUCAAGGAUAUUUGAAAUACAAUGAAUAAAAUAAUAUAAUCGCAUUAUAUAAAAUAAAACUUAUAACAAGAAAUCUUUUAAGUCUUUUUUUCUUGUGAACUGAACUCCAUGAUAUAUGUCUGUCUGGCAAAAUGCUUGCAUUGAAUUUCCUGUCUAUGUUCUUUGAUGAUGGCCUUAUUGCCUGUGACUGACAGCUGGAAUUUACUCUCUGGUUGUCUCCAAUCAUGAACAUUUCAAGUCAUCCUAAUUGUAUGGACUUUCUCUGUUCUCUUAUUAUAUGGCAAAUGAUAAUCAUUCUGAAGGGCUUAGAGGUUAAGAGUGUAAUCGAUAAUUCUGUUAUAAUUGGACCUAAGUGCAUUAGCUUCCAUAUUCAGGUUUGUGUGGACGAGUUUUAAAUCCCAGUCUCCUCAUCGUUUCAAGUAGGCUAUCCUCGCGCACAGAAAUGUCGAACCAUCAUUGUCCGAGUUUGAGGGAGAAACGGCCUGUUCUGACAUCAAGGUGUUCAUCGCUAUCGUCCUCAUUCAUAUGCGCGCGCUGCGGGACGGAAAUUGUGGACAGACAAGUGCUGAAGGUGAAUGGAUUAACUUGGCAUCUGAAAUGUUUGCAGUGCUCGGUGUGCGCAGUGUCCUUGGGUCACCAUAACAGCUGCUUUAUCAGAAAUAAAGAGAUUUUCUGUAGAACGGAUUAUAACAGUACUUUUGGCAUAAAAUGUGUUCGAUGUGGCCAUCAAGUCAAUGCAAAUGACUGGGUUCGGAGGGCAGGAAAUUACAUAUAUCAUCUCACCUGCUUCGCUUGCAUCUUCUGUAAAAGGCAGCUUGCUACAGGGGAAGAAUUCGGCUUGAUGGAGAACCAGGUUCUCUGUCGCAUUCACUAUGACAUAAUGCUACUAAACCUACAGUGCAUGUCAGACAAUGGAAAUGAUCUGUACGGAGCUAUACCCAUACAGUAUCUCCCAAAGCCACCUAAAAGACCUCGUACAUCAUUCACCUCGGAACAAAUACAGAUUAUGCAAACCCACUUUAUUCAAGACAAGAACCCUGAUGCACAGACUCUGCAGAGGCUGGCAGACAUGACUGGGCUGAGCAGAAGAGUCAUACAGGUUUGGUUCCAAAACUGUAGAGCCAGACAGAAGAGGAACCCACUUCAUGACAGCGUUUCUCCACAGGACAGAUACCAGACCUCCGCAAGGCCCUUUCUGUAAGAUAACCAGUACUUCUUGCCCUCAGAGACCUGAGACUCACUGAGACUGCCCACUAUUUCAGCAUCUGUGCUACUUGAUAUCUUUUGAUGUAUAACAAUUAUGUGGGGAGUAUUUGAUUUAAGUACUGAUUGUAUACAUACUUUUCAAAAGUUUGAGUUCAGUAAAAAAUUUUUUUUACAAGAACGUAUUACUUUAUUAUUUAGCAAGGAUGCAUUAUAUUGAUG